GUGUGACCGUAUGCCUAUUUUCAACGAAAUGCCAGGGCUGGAGACGGACUGACAAUCACCGGGGAAGCGUGAACCAGUUCGUGACGUAAUCUGAAGCAGCUGUUCGGUUUGGCCAGGCGACGUUGGAAAUUACGAGAUGCGCGUACCCGGAGCCCUGUAUGCCGCGCGCGGCCGAGCGCCCCAGAACGAGAAGGACGUGCCCUUCCAGGAGAUUCUGCCGCUGCGGUUGAAAAACACCGUGAGCGGGAAGGCGGACUCCGGAUCCGAUGUGGCCUGUCUGCAGGAGAUGGGCGUGCUGUUUGCCUGCUUGAAGGACAACGAGUUCGUGGAAAAAUACUGCCACAAGGAGAUCAGUCAGUUCCAGAACUGCUACAAGUGCUACAUGGACCGGAAGUUCGAGGCCAAGAAGACCGUGAACCAGGGAAUCGUCCAGCCGGGUAGCAACCUGAACUACAAGCAGCUUAACAAGUACAUGCGCCGCUACCCCAAUCCCGUCUAGCCUUAAAUCUUUCAAGUUGUUUAAUAAUACACUAUUUACAAUGUA